UUACUUUUUGACGUCCAAUUCAAAUCAAUCAGGUGACAAAAUCUUGUUAUCUUAUCACUUGGACUCACGUUUCUAAAAAUUUACAGGUCAGGCAUUGGUGUGUGUACAUCAUUUUAAUUCUGUAUUAAUAUUCAUUGUUCUGAUGGUGUUUACUGUAGUUUUAAACCGUUAACAUUCAAGAAGCACGAUAAUUACUUUGAUGGAGUAAUAAUACCCAAUUAGAUUUCUUCUGUGAUAUCAUGUCUUUUUCUGCUACUGAUCACCAACACAAUCGCUAUAACCCUCUGAGAGGAGAAUGGGUGCUAGUGUCCCCUCAUCGCAUGAAACGGCCUUGGAGUGGGCAGGUGGAGGCUGUAGCUGAUUCUGAUGUUCCAGAAUUCGACCCCAAAAAUCCUCUUUGUCCUGGAGUUACACGACCUAAUGGUCAGGUAAAUCCAAAUUACGAGUCAACCUUCGUAUUCAACAAUGAUUUUCCAGCAUUACUGGAGGAUGUUCCUAGCCCUCCAGAAAGUGAAAAUGAUUUGUUCCAAAUGGCCGCUGCCCGUGGAGUUUGCCGAGUUAUGUGUUUUCAUCCAAAAUCUAAUAUAACACUUCCUUUGAUGAGCCAAAUGGAAAUACGAGCAGUCAUUGAUAAAUGGGUAGAUGAGACAGCAGAGUUGGGAAAGAACCAUGAUUGGGUACAAAUAUUUGAGAACAAAGGAGCAAUCAUGGGUUGUUCGAAUCCCCACCCACAUUGCCAGAUAUGGGCGUCUUCAUUCAUCCCAAAUGAACCAAGAAUAAAAGACGGCAAUCUCUUGAAUUAUUAUAAAAAACAUGGACGUCCUUUACUGAUAGAUUACAUGGAACAAGAAAUUGAAAAGGAAGAACGUGUGGUAGUCUCAAACCAUGAUUGGGUAGUUGUAGUACCAUUUUGGGCAGUGUGGCCAUACGAAACUAUGGUUCUUCCCAAAAGUUAUGUUCAACGAUUUACUGAUUUAAAUGAUAACCAAAAACAAUCUUUGGCUGAUAUCAUAAAACAAAUUACCACAAAAUAUGACAAUCUGUUCAAGUCUUCUUUUCCUUAUUCCAUGGGUUGGCAUGGUGCACCAACAGGAUCCAAGCUCAACGAAGACAACAGCCAUUGGGUGUUCCAUGGACUCUUUUACCCUCCUUUGUUACGGUCUGCCACAGUUAAGAAGUUCAUGGUUGGGUAUGAGAUGUUGGCUCAAAGCCAAAGGGAUCUCACAGCAGAGCAGGCUGCAAAGAUACUACGACAGCUUCCAAUUAUCCACUACUCUAUCACAGAUUAACCAUUAUUUAAUAAUCAAUAUUGUUGAUUUGUUUGAAUACAUUAAUUUAAAACAUAAUAUUUGCUCAAAAAUACAUGACACAUUUGAACAAA